GAAAGACUCCUCUCCACACAGUCUUCCUCUCUAGUCUCUUACAUUUCCAGAUAGUUGCGCACAGGGAGCAGUCCCCAAAACAUCACCCCGGGUUGUUUCCUCUCAGUCACCGUCAUGAGUUCAACCCUGUCCAUGUCUUCCGUCGUGAAGUCACUCCCAGCAUGCGAAUCCAUGGGAAAAUAGUGGUGACCGCCGCGUGUUUUGGAGUUUUCCUCCUUUUUUACUUUUUGAGGGGUAGUUACACUGCGGAGGACCCGCUGUCGAAAGUAGCUGUGGAGGAGGGGGUGGAGGAGGACAACAAGUCUUUCCCAUCGCCAUCCGAGCUUACACGCAAUGUUGCAGCAAAGUUUGCAAAGAAGGGGUCCGCUGGAGUCGAUGGUGGUUUGGAAAAGCCUCCCCGGGUCCGAGCAAAGUCGAAAUCUAUCGCUAAAGGAGGCAGAAAUGAGAGGUGAGUCAGUGGUGAUCCAUGGUUCGGAGUUCCCGUCUCGUCCACGCCUGUUUUCAUUUAUGCACACACUGAUAGUCGACUCAGUUCGCUUCUUGGUCCUGCUGACAUGCAAGCUCUUUCGUCCUCAGAGAGCUUCAGGUUUAUUGUGUUUGUGUUUAACUGUGAUUUUAAAGUAAACUCGCUUUCUUCAUUCUGUAUGGGUACAAAAGCCUAUUCUGUUAAGAACUGCGCUAAACUCACAUCUGUUUCACUUCCACGAUUGUCUCUUCUUUCUGGACUCUCAAUCUCGCUGUGUUAAUUCCUUCCAACACCCCUCAUCUAAAGGUGUGAAGUUCCCUUUGACAUAAACAAAUAACACUAGAUAGCUACACUGUAAAAACUGUGGGGUUAAAACGACCCAGUUAGGGUUAUUAUGGUAACCCACUGCCGGGACCCAGUAGGGUUGGACUGUAGGUCUGACUCAGCAAGUUAGGUUAUGUUUAUGGCCCAAGAGGGGGGUAAAAAUGACCACGUUGCAGGGUUAAAACUACCAGACACUGGGUUGAAAAAAUACGACGCAAAUUCUGUCUUAUCAGUGUCAGUACCACUUAAAUUCAUUAAAUAAUUCAAACCAUGCAUAGCAAAAAGUACAUUGUGAAAUAAAUAAGUUAAUAAUGGCCUAAUCCAACAUGAAAUGCAAAUAAGAAGUAUGUGGAAAUACAAUUACAAAAUGUAAUUAGCGCUUUACACCUUCAGAUGUAAACCAUCAAAAUAGUAAACCCUCUUUAAUUACCUUAGCCAACAUCAUGAUGACCAUAGACUGUAUACGGGCUGCAGUAGAGGUCAUAAAUCCAGCCUCCUUCAGCAAAGCUUAUAGAGCUGUGGACAAACUUUAGAAAUUAAUUACACAGAAUAUAAUUUUUUUCCCCCCUGCUUGCGAUGUUGACAUGUAGUUACUGUAGGACUGGUUUUUGCUCAAGUCUUCUUUUUUCUGUACAGCUCCAUUUUUAAAAGUUAUUAGAGGGUUCAUGUUUUCUAUGAUUGACAUUUGAUACAGCCCAUGGGUGUAUGAAGAUUGCAUAGCUCACCCAGGGGAUACGCUGUUUGAGCCGAGCGUAAUCACAGCGACUCUCGGCGACUCUCCCACCGAAGGCGCACAAUGCUACUGCACAAUGUUGGCUUCAGGAAAUGGAGAGAAAAUGCAGAAUUACUGAGAGCUUUUCGGCUUCAAAUCCAUAUACAGGUGGAAGGUGGAACCAAGUUGUCCAUACAGUCUAUGAUGAUGACUUGAACCAUUUAUUUGGCGGAUAACCCACCUCAAAAUCCUGCCUACAUAGGUCUUACCGUGGGCCUUUGCCAUAUUUACUCUCCUCAUUAUAGUUUGCUGAGCUCUCAUUAACUUUAUGACAUUAGAUUGAUUUCCAAGGAUGUCAGAGAUAAUAGUCCAAAAUUCCAAAUGACCUCCCACACCUAGACACAGAGUUUUGGGUAAAUGGAAGCAAACAAAAAUACCUCGAAACACACGUCAACUUCACUCAAAAAGAAGAAGGGGAAUGGUGCUUUAUGACAGUCCCAUUUAUGAUUAUGAAUGCUCAGAAACACUGUUCCAACCAUAGACUGUAUAUAAGAUGGACAACCUGGUUCCGCCUUACACCUGUAUACAGAUUUGAAGCCAAAAAGCUCUCGGUGAUUUUGGGUUUUUCUCCACUUCCUCGAAACCAGAGCUGCGCAGUAGCGAUGCACGCAUUCGGCCGCGCAGUCGCCGAUAGUCCCUGUGAUGACGCUCGGCUCAAACAGCGUAUCCCCCCGGGAGAGCUACACAAUCCCUGAACGCCCAUAGGCUGUACCAGGUGUCAAUCAUAGAAAACAUGAACCCCCUAUUAACUUUUAAAAACUGAGCUGUACAGAAAAAAGAGGACUUGGGCACAAACCAGUCUUACUGUAACUACAUGUCAACAUCACAAGCAGGGGGAAGAAAAAUUUCUGUUCUGUGUAAUAAAUUUCUAAAGUUUGUCCACAGUCCCAUAAGCUUUGCUGGCGGAGGAGGGAUUUAUGACCUGUACUGCAGCCCACCAUCAGAGGGUGCUGUUCUCGGAGUGGCUUCACCCAGUGAGGAGGCAGACUCUGUCCAUCUUAUAUACAGUCUAUGGUUCCAACUCUUCAAACAUCUGAAUGAAGGAGGACUCUAUGCGCCUUGGUCCAUUGUAAACCAUGUUCACUUCAAACUGAAAAAAAUCAAAAAGAUAUCACAGAAUACCUUCAAGUUGCCACAACAGUCAAGAUUAAACUCCAGUGAGCAACAACAUUGUGAGCAGGGAAUCAGAAGUUUUUGUGAAUUCAGAUACUGACCCAGAAAGAAAAUAACUGACUGUGACAGUAUGUCUAAAACCCUGGGACGACAUAAAGCAUCUACUUUCUUUAAACUCCUUUAGCUAAUUGUCAACAGUUGGAUGCAGUUAUGUAGAAAGUGUUCACACGCCUGUUAAAAUGCCAGGUUUCUGUGACGUAAAAAAAUGUCAGAACCUUUUCCACCUAAGUGUACUCUCCCUCUUAUAACUUGGGAUGUGGCUGUGUUCAGAUUUAACAAAUCACACUCAAACUCACGUUAAAUAGGAGGUGGUAUACAAACGCCAUUACUUAGAGUGCUUCUGAUUAACCCGAAAUGAAGUUCAGCUGUUCUAGUGGGCUUUACCUUACAUUUUCUUAGUCCCAUUUUACAGCAAAAGCCAUGAGGAGAGCUUCCAAAGCAUCAGAGGGAUCUCAGUGUUCGAAGGUAUCAAUCAGGAAAAGGGUAUGAAAGAAUUUCCAAGGCAAGAUCAACCGUGGAGCGCAUUGAAGGCAGUUGUCAAGUGGAUAAAAAUAUGGUGCAAUAGUGACAUUACCAAGAACUGGACGUUCCUCCAAAACUGAUGAAAAGACAAGAAGAAAAACUAGUCAGAGAGGCAGCCAAGAGGCUGACAGCAACAUUAACGGAGCUGCAGGAAUUUCUGGCAAGGGGUGGCUGUGUAGUACAUGUGAAGACAAUUUUCCAUAUUCUUCAUUCUGUACAUCCAGAUCAGCAAAAGAAUGGCUUCAUUAGAAGGAGGUAAGAGUUUUAAAAUGGCCCAGCCAGAGCCCAGACCUGAAUCUGAUUGAAGAUCUGUGGGGUGAUCUGAAAAGGUCUGUGCUCAAUCUGACAGAUUUGUCACAUUUUUGUAGAGAAGAGUUGGAAAAUAUUGCCAAGUUAAGAUGUACCAUGUGGUUAUUUUAAGGGUGUGCAAUUUUUUUUAGCCUCAUACAUUUAAAAAAAAAUAUUUACAAUGUGAUGAUGGAUCAAAACGUUAUUUAAAUUCAAACUGUAAUGUGAAAUUAACUUUUAAAUCCAGUCGAUUAAUCAAACAAUGCAUUAAGCAGUGUGGAUGUUUUCUCUCGACAAUACUGUGAACAUUUUACUGUAGCUUGAUUAAUUUAUGUUAUAUUAUCAGAACUUACUUUACACUCACACUCUUAAAAGAGGCUCCAGAAGCUCUUGGGGACAGCAGUUUCACGGGAUAGACCUCUCCAUGCUAUUUCCUCUGUAUGUCUACUUCCUUUUAUCUUUCUUGUGAUUCCCUCUGAUGCUAACAUGGGAAGAGGUUGUGGGAGUCAUUCGAUAUCUAAUCGAUCGAUAUCUCUGCCAGACAGCGAAAAAACUGACCUGCAUGUAUUUGUCUAAGUCUGCGGGGUAAGGUCAGCCGGCAAGUCCACCAGCUAUGCUUGGCGAUAUUAUAGUCUUUUUUGAAUACUUUGGAGUGUUCUUGAAAUCUGAUACAUUCAUGGCCUGUACUUGCCACUUCAGAGUUUCAUGAAAAGCACAUUUCAGUAUAUCUGUGGCUUUUUUUGUAAGAAAGUCAUUUUUUAUAUUUAAGGAUCUUUUCCCUGAGGAAAUAGUCGACUUGCUUCCUCGACCAGCAGUCAGACGCACAGUGCCUGCGGCGCAAGAUAUUCUUGGUGUCCUGGCUAGCACGAAUGUCCUCCAAGUCAUCUACUCCACAGUUAGAUCCUGCAACAAUAACAGUGGAAGAAAACUGUAAGGGUAUCCUUGGGUGGUUCCUCUGUUCUUUUUCAUUUUGGUAAUUUUUGAUCAAUCCAGUUAAUCAAUGACAUAAUGUUGGGUUCUCUGAGACUGAAAGGCCGUCAUUGGAGAAUGCUUUUGUGCAGGAUUAAUCUGCACCUACCUUGACUCUUGUUGGCUAGUUAAACCCCUGAUAAUCCAAUGGCACCAAUUUGACCUGUCACAUAAAUGCUGCUCAGUGGAACCCACCCACGCUGGGCUCCAGUGACCUACCGGUACUCGAUAAGAUGUUAAGGUUGACAGGCUGACCUAACAGGUUGACAAAAAUAUCCAGAAAUACCCAGUUCUGGUGAGUUCCAGCCCAUUUCUAGCACAGGUUUGACCCACUUGAUUUUUUAAAAACUUUGCAGCUAUAAGAAACCUGCACGAUUCAAUUUCUUUGACCCCCCCCAAAGGAUGUGGUGGUGUGCCCUUAAAGUUCCCUGUUAGGCCAUUAGAUAGGAAGUGUUUCCUUCUUAGCCAUUCAUGCUUUAAUCCGUCUCUAAUUCACCAGGAAUACUCACUGCGUAUCGUAAGGGUCAAGACCUACUGUAAUUAGGUUCAUGUGGUAAUAUGUAACCUGAGUUGUAGCGCCUCCAGGUGGCACAACACAAUUCUAUGCUGUCACUUCAUGAGCUGAAUCUUGUAAACUGUCGAUUACAUCUGCAUUACUUUUUUUUCCUCCAGGUGUUUUCAAAAUGUUGAUCUAAGAACUAUCAGCAAAACUGAGUUUUAGUCAGAAGGUGUGAUCUGCAAGGCCGUUAUAAAAGAAAGUAUCUAUAGCUUGUGCGCAAAACUCACUACGAAUACUUGUAGGGGUAUCACUGUCUGAAAACAUCCUUUUAUUAUUAACUCAAAUUAAGUUUCUGUUAGGUUUGAAUCACUGCAGCAUCUAAUCAGUGGAUGAUAUCCAGUAUGGGGGUGAGGUCUUGAGUUACAAUCUCCAAGAAGGCUGAUGUCAUGUGUCCUCACAUGUUGCUUCAUGUGUUUUCCUUCUCUAUUUUGAAUCUUCACCUUCUAGGCAGUAUUAGGUCCUUGGGGUGUUUAUUUCACCUUACUGUAGUAACCUAUUGGAAAGCCAAAUGCCAUAGUUCUUGAACUUUCAUCCUCAGUCUUAUGAAGUAAUAAUAAUAACUUUGAUGGACUUCAUCUGACAUACUCAGGGGACAGAUAAUCUGAUGAUGCAGGUUUUUUUAUUAUAUUACAUGUUUGUUGUACUGAGGGAAUGAUCAGAAAUGCAUGUCUGUAUAUCCUUAUUGUUCUGCAAAAAUCACAGAAUUGUUUAAGAUGAGAAAUUGUAAAUCAUAAUUUCUUUGUAAUACAUUUUCUUCUAUUUCCAUCCUGUUUUUUUGUCCUUUCAGUAAAUUAAGAAGUAAUGUAGCUCGAACUGCUGCGAAGCAUGGAGAGGCAGGUGAGAUCAUGCACCUGGCUGUGGUGGCUUGUGGGAACCGAUUGGAUGAGACCCUCGCCAUGGUGAAAUCAGCCCUUCUGUUUAGCUUUAAGAAGAUCAGGGUCCACAUUUUUGCUGAAGACCUUUUGGCUCCACAGUUCAAACAGCAGGUAAGAGUCGUUUACUAAUCUGGUUCCUUACUGUAAACUGUUUUUUGAACUCUACAAAGUUAAAAAUUUAUUCAUUCAGUCAUCAGAUUAAAGUGCUCAGAAUCAAAGUGAAUCAGAUCAAUUUAUUCCACUUUUGGAUGACAUGUCCCAGACUCUGAUUGUGACUGUUCAAAAUGUAACUGGAUCAGAUCUUCUUGUAAAAGAAAGGGCAAACCCAAAAUAACUGUAUUAUUUAGACAAAAUCUUUUGGUCUAAGGACAGCUGUUUACUUCUCAUGCAAAAUCACAAAGAGCCGUCUUACAGGAUUUAUUGUUCUGAAUAGCUGUCUUUACUGGCCCAUCUACAAUGAUAAGCCCACAGUGGAAUAAUAUUGAGAUGUUUUCAGAAUAACGUUACUUGAUUAUUUCUCACACCUCCCUGUUCCUGUUUAUGUGAUGUGCUUUCUUCCAGCUGAAUCAGUGGCCGCGCUCUGCCACAGCCAGGUUCCAGUACACUUUAUACCCCAUAACCUUCUCUGUAGGGAAUGCUGAUGAGUGGAAAAAGCUCUUCAAGCCCUGUGCUGCCCAGAGACUCUUCCUCCCUGUAAGGCUGCUCCUCUCAUAUUCUUGUAAUGCACAAUGAUUAACUAAUUUCAUAAAUCAGGGUUUGCAAAGCAUAGUUAAUCAAUUCAGUUUCUGCUUCAAGCAUAUUCCGAGCUCCUUCUCUUCUCAUCUUAAAAGUAUAUACAGUCAAGUGCUUUGCUGACCAACUGCUUUGUACAAACUACUUCAAAUACUUGUUGUCUCAUUUGCUCUGCUUAAUCUACAUUUUUGCAGCUCUCAGAUCUCAAUUAACAUGCUGAAUGUCUUAGCAGCCAAAACACUUUAAAACACAUCCUCAUCUGUAAAAAUCUGCUAUGUGUGGAUUAUUCAGAUGCCACUUUGACUCUUUAUUUUAUAGCUAUACAUAAAAGGUAGAUACUUUAAAUCCAUACUUAAAAUGCAAGUCCAUCCAAGCUAAAAAAAAUAAAUAAAUAAAAAAAACAUGAUAGUUAAAUUCCUAACUUAUAGCAAGCUGGUAUCGACCAGUAAACAGAACCUCUCCAUCACCGGCAUGAUAGAACUCUAUGGCUUUUAGGUAAGUUAGGGGUAGCAAAUAGUAUUUAAUAGAUAAAAUUAUUAUUAUUAUCAUAUUAUAACAUAUACUGAAGAUGAAAGCGUUGAAUAGGCCACACAACACAGUGUUACAGUUGACACACUAGCAAAUUUCCUGCAAAUUGGACAAUGCAAAGGGGUGAGGUGAGACUGCCUGUGGUCACUAGGUGGCAGAAGUAGACCCACUACUUAUGCAUUGUGGUGGGGCACACGGAGUUCAGGCCACACUGUGACUAUUUUAUGUAGUUUGAAUGAUACCUGUUUGUAUGGCUACUGUCUUUUAUCACCAGAUAGCGCUAUGACUAUGACAAUUAAUAUGGAGACUUGUACAGGGCAGCACUUACAUUGCAUCUUUGAUUAGACUAACCCUAACCCAGCAGAGUAUGUACAGGGUGUGGAUUGCUCAAGACUAUCUCCUCCUGCGAAUGUUCCUUGUGUCUUUGGCUGUUAGCACUGCAGGCAAAAGUGACUCAAAUCCGAUUUUUCCAUGUUUUAUUCUGUCUGUUUGUCAUUCUGUGGGGUUAUAUUAAAAACAAAUUGACCAGAAAUUGUAACAGAUCAAACUGAGCACAAAAAGGAUACAGCAGUAGUUGGUAGGAGAACCUAAAACUCUGUCUGCUGAACUCUGAAAGGCUUAAAAAUGGAAGAAAUGGAAAAACAAUUCCUAAAAAUAGUCACUCCACCACUACAUGUCUCUGUGGAAAAGAAGGGAGAAGUUUGAAGAGGUUCAUAUCUUGGUUUUUCAUUUUGGGGGUUCACAGGGGUUCCCUAGAGCUAACUGCAGGUCUUCACUUGCUUUCACAACUUGUGAACUACAACUGGGCAUGCUGGGAUACUGAGGCUUUGCUGUUGCUUUGUUUAAAUUUAAACAUUGGGUUGGAAAUAGAGGCUAAUGCAGGUUGAAAGUCUUGGCUCAUUUAAUGUCCACUGCAUAUGAGCUGAUCACAACACCUGUUCUACCCUGUUUGUUGGUCUUCCUCUGGAGUCUUAUCAGAAACAAACUAACCAUUGUCUUUAGUGAUUUGAUGAGUUUUACUUUAUCUAUAUGCAAGUUACUGUCUGAUAGAGUCAGAUGGUUGUGAAAGAUCUGAAAGGCACUAAAAAUAUGAAUGUAACUUAACAUAUCACACCCAACAGUAAAAUAAUGUGAGAAAAUCUUUUUUUAAAUAGUUUUAAAGGUCAUGAACUACAUCAGCAAAAUAAACACUGUUCAAGGACUAAAUGUUCAGUUUUCUUGAAAAUUACACUGUGAUAUUAUUUACUUUAUGUACAAAUAUUCUGAUUGUGAUCUUACCAGGUCAUCCUGAAAGACGUGGACUCUUUGCUCUACGUUGACACUGACGUGCUGUUCCUGCGGCCGAUGGAUGAUAUCUGGAGUCUCUUUAAAUCCUUCAAUAGCACCCAGCUGGCAGCGAUGGCUCCAGAGCAUGAGGUUCCAAAGAUUGGUUGGUACAGCCGCUUCGCACGACACCCUUUUUAUGGAGUUACUGGGGUCAACUCUGGGGUUAUGCUGAUGAAUCUCACCCGGAUCCGCAGCACAGUAUUCAAAGUAAGCUCAUGACACAAUCAUUUUUGUACGUUCAUGAUCAAAGAAUAUGUUGAUUUGUUGAUUGAUAUCAAUACUGUAUUUCAGAACAGUAUGAUCUCCACUGGCCUGUCCUGGGAGGAUCUUCUCCAUCCACUCUACCAGAAAUACAAAAACCACAUUACAUGGGGAGACCAGGACCUCCUGAACAUUAUCUUCCACGACAAUCCAGGUAUAUUCCUCUUAAUGGUGAUAUAUGGGAAAGGAUGACAACACAUAUUAUGAUGUAUUAUGUAGUCUUAGUCGGCUCACUUGACGGUCCAUUAAAGAUGUAAAUGUUUUCACCAACCAUCAAGUAGUUUGCACACUUUCAUUAAAGCACCCUGUAGGUUUUUUUAUGAAUUAUUGUGCUAAUGAAUAAUAGUUUAGUUCUGGCUCCAGAAACCGGACAAAAGGCAAGGAACUAUUGAGUGGAGCUCACUGAGUAAAAUUUAAAGCUUUUUAGAGGAGCUUUUGUUUUGCCUUUUCGUUUUAGUGACUCCCUGCAUCUUUUAUCUGCUGAUCUUGUCCUGCAUAAUCAUGUUUUCUGGCAAAAACAAGCAAAAAAAAAGUUUGCUGUCCUUUCACAUUUGAAGUGUGAAUCUUCUCCCUGCAGCGGUGGUUUAAAGCAGUGAAAAGAAUGUCAUGGAUGUUAUCAGCCCUGUUUGUGAAGUUUAUCUUUGAUUUUUAAUGUCACACCAAAUAUGAGGCAGGCUAAUGGCCACUGCUGAUGACGAAACAGUUUUUUUACAUUUUAAUUGUAAAUUUUAUUUGAAUAAAAUCAAAUAUUCAUCAUAUAUAGCAAUUAAGCAGACUUCACAGUCCCCUCAGAGGAAAGUGGAAAUGCUGUGUGACAACUUUAAUAGCUUAACAACAGGUGGUGUCGAUGAGGAGUGCUCUGAAAGUGAGGCAGUCUCUUUCUCACACAUAGCAGUUCUGUUCAAGACAGGACUGUUGAACCCAGGUGUCAGGAUGUACAGGAUGGCAAAUCUAAUCCUUAAAACCCAAAUUGCUGGUUGUGGUGAAAAAGCUGAUGGUUCCUGGACCUAGAGUCCUCCCCACAGAGGGUUAGAAGCUGAUCCUGGACUUUUAGACACAGUUAAACACCAGUCAGCCUCAACAGUGAAACCAUCUGCUCAAUAUGGAGUAGUUGCGAUCUUUCCAGGUCAGGGAGCAACCAGACCUGUGACGAGGUGGCCGAGUGGUUAAGGCGAUGGACUGCUAAUCCAUUGUGCUCUGCACGCGUGGGUUCGAAUCCCAUCCUCGUCGAAGACAAUUGUUCUUGGAAUUUCCCCUUUGUGGAACUAUUUAAGGAAUGUUGUAUCUUGACCUGGUGAGAUAUGGACUCCACUCGAUCUCUGAAGGUGUGCUGUGGUAUCCGGCACCAAGAUAUUAGCUGCAGAUCCUCAAAACCCUGUAAGAUGAGAGGUGGCGCCUCCAUGUAUUAAAUGUGGUUGUCCAGCAUAUCCUUCAAACGUUCAAUUAAUUUCAGAUCUUGGGGCUUGGCAGACCAAGUCAACAUCGUCGUGUUCCACUGGACCACUUUUCCAUUGCCCCAUAAUCCAGUUCUCAUGCUCACUUGUCCAUUUUAGGUUUGUGCUAACUUCCCUGCUUACAGUCUUCUGUUCCUCAGACACAUGCUAUGGUAGAAGGAGAUGAGAAAUGUCACAGGGUUCAUAUCUUAGUGGAAAAAAAAAACACAACUUAGUCUCUUCUGUUCAAAAAUAGUGGUGAGGGCAAGAACCAGCUGUAAACUCUCAAACAUGUUGAUGAGGGUGAAUGUAGGUGUUAAUUUUCAGUCACUUUAGUGGUGUUAUGUGCUUUUAUGCAAAUCAUACAGCCACUGAUAGCAGCUGACAGAGAGAGAGAAAGAGAGACCUGGACCUGAACAAAGUAGUUAUAAUACUACUGAUAUAAUAACAAUAUAAACAGGAUUGAAGACUGCUAUAAUAGUUUUAAGUCAUUAGUGUCAACCACACUGCUUUUCCAGGUAAGUAUAAGCUUUGGAGUUUUCAGUUUGCUUCUCCCCUUCCUCUUAUUUAACCAGUUACAGAUUUCUUACCGAUAAACACUGCGCAAUGUGCAGUUCUAGCUCUUGCUAAAAUGGAAAUGCGUCAUUCAGUCAGUUUAAAACAAUCUUUGUAGUGGAUUUCAGCAACAGAAGCUGAUUUUUUUUAGAGUAGACAGUGGAGACUGUGGUCAAAUGCUGAUAAUUUGUUGUUGGUCGACCAUCUCUGUGGUAAGGCUGAUGUGAUGUACCGUUUAUCUCAAUACAUUGUUAAUGAUCCAGAACAUGGAAGAUACACAUGCAGCUACUACCAGGCGAUAUGAAAUGGCUCACACCCUAGUUAAGAUGCCUUUUCUUUUAACACAAUCAGACUCAGUGCAAAACAAUGUGAUUCGACAAUUAAUGUUGUUCACUUGGUUUUAUUUCCUAAUCAACCAAUGACUUGAAUUUCAUUGAACUCUUCUUUAAGUUACAAAAACCUUGUUAAUUAAUUAAGCAUUAAUAAAACACUCAAGUCUAAAUAAAAAGGUCUCGAUAAUGAAAUGUAACCCUGCAGCUAGCUUUUGUGGAAUCCUCUUUAUGUUGUUGUUCACCAUUUUAAUGUUCACUGUUUAUAUUGUCAUAUAGCUUAACAUGCCCAAAGGCAUGUGAAACCAUACUUCAGCUCAUAAGAAGUCCACUAACCACUGCCAUCUCCAUCCACUUGGUCAUCUGGCAUUUCACCCACACGGGAUGGCUGCUCUGGAAGUUGAACAACACAUCUCUGUGCUGUAUUGUGCACCAUACAGCAGGGCAUUGAAAUUAACAUGCUUUUACAGUAAGGUUGCAUUUACCAAUCAGCCACCCAGGUGCACCAGCUCCUUAUGCAAAACACAUCCCCAGUGAGCUGUUCUGCAGUACAGAGGCGAGACCCAGAGGUGCCCGACAGACAUGAGACCACAUAUGACGCAGCUAACAGUAGUCUUUGAUUAAUCCUCUCAAACCAUAAAGAAAUCUAGAUUUCAUUACAUCUUCUUAUCUUUGUAAGACUGCUCUCUGGCACUGAAACUUCUCUUUCUCCUACCAAAAAGGAAAAAUAAAAUGACUCCAGUGACUCCUUGAAACCAUGGCGUACCAACAAAGUAACAUGAAUAUGUUUCUAUCAGGCAAGUGCCUGGUGAAACAAUAAGCAGCACUAUGUUCUUGUGUGUUUGUUUUUCCAGAGUGCCUCUUCAUCUUUUCCUGCCAGUGGAACUACAGGCCAGAUCACUGUAUGUAUGGGAGUAACUGUAAGGAUGCUGAAAAAGAGGGCGUGUCUAUCCUUCAUGGUAACCGUGGAGUGUAUCAUGAUGACAAGCAGCCUGCAUUCAAAGUGGUCUACGACGCAAUACGUGAGGUAAUUACCCCGGGCAUUUCUUCAUUUUGCUUCAGUAUAGCACCAGAAUGCAGAUUUUGAACCUGCAUCAUGAAUCACACCCAAACAAGUUAUUACAAUCCCAGUCUUUAACAUUUCAGGGGCUUUUUGUCCUCAUUUUAUUAGCUCCUCUGUUGUCUUAUUCAAUAUAUGUUUUUCAAUUGAUUGAUUACUUUGUUAUUAAUAUUGUUGUAAUUUUGCCCACAAACCUGAGUCACCCAUGUGUAUUUAAACAUAAAUACAUAUAAAUACAGUAAAAAUGCAUAUAGAAAUACAGACAUUCAGACAUCUAGUUCCACAUUUAGUUGAGCCUCUUCUUCUUUUUGAUUUUUCAUUUCGAUAAACAAAAUAUAUAUAUAAAAACGUCUUUGCCUUUCGACAAUGUUGCUCAGUUUUUAAAAUUCUGAAUUUGUUUGUACAAUGUAGGAUUGAUGUGACUGAUGCAAGGACAAAUUGUCUUUGUUCUUACAGUUUCCCUUUGAAGACAACUUGUUCCAGUCCCUUUUCUACCCCAUCCAGACAAAGUUCCUGGACACAGUCAACACCCUUUGUGGGCGCAUUCCUCAAGUCUUCCUCAAGCAGAUAGAAAAGACCAUGAGAAGAGCUUUUGAGGACAAAGUGGUCCAUCAUGUGAGAUCGCACAAAUAAGAGAAAAGUGGAUUCAGUUUUUUCAAGAACCAGCUUGUUGUGGAUCAGGUCUCCAACCAGCACUUGACGAGCCUUGAACUGUCGGUGCCAUGUUUGCACUAUAUUCAACUCGUACUGGAAUAACAUUACAAAAACCACUAACCGCUCAUGACCAGACUGCUCUUUGUAACUGUAGCUUUGUAACUGAUGCAUAUUGAGUCAAAAACCUUGAUGGUCAGGUACCAAAAUACUCAAAGAACAAUCUUCCCUUAUCAUCAUGACCCACUUGUGCAGUCCCUGUCCUUUGCUUGUAUAUUUGAACAUUUUUUGUCAUACUGUGUUCAGGACACCUCUGGGUGUCAUUUUUUGGCCAGUGGUCUGCAGCCCAUGACACUUAAGGGUACCUUGAUCUUACUAUGAUGCCAAAGGGGCAUUAAAAGAUGGUUGCAAAUGACAACUGUGUAGUGUCAGGGAUAUGGAUAAUUAAGGGCAAAGUAGGGGGCUUACAAAGCAGGCAGUUUUCAGAUGAAAUGCCCCACCUUGACUCAGAGUUGUGCAGGGGUUUGUCAAUCUUUUCUUCAGAAUAUAACAGGCUCUAAACAUUUUAGAGCAGCUAAGUUAGGGGUUUGUUCACAAGGCUUCAACAUCUCUGUUCUUGUGAUGGCCUCCUUCUAUCGAUAGGUAAUAGGUAAAACCAGCUCUGGGUGAACUCUGCAGUCGUCAGAGCCACUGAUCAUAUCAGUGAGGGCUUAACAGAGGAAAUGUGGAGUACCAUGUUACACAUCUAGUUUUAUAUUGCACUUUCAGCACGAUUGAGGAAUGGUUACGUGUGCAAAAUCCGCCCACAUUUGAGAACAAAAGUCCCAGCCUUUGCACUUUUUAACAUACUCCAGCUCUCAUUUCAAUACAAGGAAAUAUGGCCAAUAGAUGUCAGUGUUUUAUGAUUUAUGAUCUGCUGUGUUCACACAGAUCAUAUGUUUUUAGUGAAAUUUUCAUUGCCAUGUAAUUUUCAUUUCAUGUAGUAAUCUUAAAAUGUUUGAAAAUGUAUGCCACUUUUGAAAUUUACUGGGACUUUCUAAGAAAGCAAUGCAAAUGGCUAAAAUCUAGUGAUUGCCAGCUGAUGUGUUUGUAUUUCUGAUAAAGGGCUACUGCAUUACAAAAAAUA